AUGGCCACCGAUCCAAAGGCCGGAGACACCAUCCACUUCGAAACCUCGGAGGAGGGACUCGGAUACCUCAAAGAUGUCGGCCUCCACGAUGCGACUCUCGCCAGCGGCGCCCUCGAGGGCACGGCCCAAGAACACAGCAUGGGCGUCUUCCAGGCCCUGAAAACGUACAAGCGCGCGGCGUUCUGGUCGAUCCUCAUCUCCACCACCGUCGUCAUGGAGGGAUACGACGUCACGUUGUUGGGCUCGUUCUACGGCUAUCCCAGCUUUCGGCGCAAGUAUGGUAAAUUCUUGAACGACGAGAGCGGCUACCAGAUAUCGGCGAACUGGCAGCAACGGUUCAACUGCCUGGGUGCCUUUGCCAACAUCAUCGGCGCCUUGCUGAACGGUUGGGCCACUUCCAGAUGGGGCCACCGCAAGGUGCUCAUGUUCAACCUGUUCUCGCUGGCGGGGCUCAUCUUCAUCGUCUUCUUCGCCCCCACGAUCGAGGUCAUGCUGGUCGGACAGUUCCUCUGCAACAUCCCCUGGGGCGUGUUCGCCACGACCGGUCCCUCGUACGCGGCCGAGGUCACGCCGCUGGCCAUCCGCGGCUAUCUUACCGCCUACGUCAACCUGUGCUGGUGCAUCGGCCAGUUCAUUUCCGCCGGCGUGCUCAAGGGCUUGGUGAACAACACGACCGAGUGGAGUUACAGAAUCCCUUUCGCCGUUCAGUGGAUAUGGCCGAUUCCGCUCUUCCUGGCCGCUUGGUUCGCCCCGGAGUCGCCCUGGUACUUUGUCCGGACCGACCGGAUCGAGGCCGCCAGGAAGUCGCUGGAGAGAUUGACCCAGCCGGAACAUCACGGUGAAAUCGACGCCACCAUCGCCAUGAUGGUCCACACGAACAAGCUCGAGCUGCAGGAACGAGCCGGUGUGACUCUCUGGGAUGCGUUCCGGGGCACCAACCGACGCCGCACCGAGAUCGCCUGCGUGGGCUUCCUCUCCCAGAUCACCAACGGCGGCGCUCUGUGUUACAGCGGAUCUUUCUUUUUCCAACAGACGGGAAUCAGCGCCAACGCCGCGUACGCCAUCUCUUUGGCCGGUACGGGCAUCGCUUUUUUGGGGACCAUCAUCUCCUGGCUGUACAUCUACCGUUGGGGCCGUCGCACUAUCUGGCUGGUCGGCUUUGCUUUCCUGGUCGUGAUCCUGUGGACCAUCGGAUUCCUGGCGCUGCCGACGCAGAACAAGAGGCUGGCGUGGGCACAGUCGAUUCUGUGUCUCGUCUGGCUGGGCGCGUAUUCCAUGUCCGUGGGACCCAUCAUUUACACGCUCGUCGCGGAGAUCGGCUCGACACGACUCCGCACGCAGACGGUCGUGCUGGCCCGGAGCACGUACUAUGUCGGGAACAUUAUCUGCGGUGGACUGCUGCAGCCCGAGCUGAUUUCGCCGGGCGCGUGGAACGCCAAGGGCAAGACUGCUUUCUUCUGGGCCGGCCUCGCAACCUUGACAUUCCUGUGGGGUUACUUCCGGCUGUUUGAGACCAAGGACCGGACAUUUGGCGAGCUGGAUUUCAUGUUCCAGAACGGUGUUGCAGCCCGGAAAUCCGCCAAGUACCAGAUCAGAGAGGAAGAGCUUUAUGCGGCAGACGGCGAGGAGAAGCAGAAGGCAUGA